CAACCCCACUAUAAAACCCCAACCCCACCAUGGACAUCCCACUACCGCCGUGGGGUAUUGUGUGACAAGUAUCCGAUCUCGAAGACUCAACAGUCAAAAACAUCCGCUCAACGGUCUUUAAUCAAGAAGAGGAUAACUUGCCCAAUUACGAUUCAGAUUCGCCUCUUCAAAAAUGACAGCUCCAAGGGAUAUUGCCCAGCGUGCGCCGGGGACAGAAGCUUCACACCCUCUCAGCGUUUCACCCACAGCGACCUUCCACUCUCCUCGCUCCAGCAGCUUCAUGGCGGGGUCUCUCGCCCACAGGGCCGCUGCGGCCAAGCAGCUCAAGCCCUUCAAUACCGAAGACGUCAAGAUCCUGUUGCUUGAGAAUGUAAAUCAGACGGGACGUGAUAUCCUGAAGGGACAGGGCUACCAGGUUGAAUUCCUCAAGACGUCGCUGCCGGAAGAUCAACUCAUUGAGAAGAUCAAGGAUGUACAUGUCAUUGGCAUUCGAUCAAAGACAAAGCUCACAGCCAAGGUCCUAUCAGAAGCCAAGAACCUGCUCGUCAUCGGCUGCUUCUGCAUCGGCACCAACCAAGUAGACCUGGACUAUGCGGCCAAGCACGGCAUUGCCGUUUUCAACUCGCCCUUCGCCAACUCGCGCAGUGUCGCCGAGCUGGUGAUCGCCGAGAUCAUCACGCUUGCCCGCCAGCUGGGCGACCGCUCGAUGGAGAUGCACCGCGGUACCUGGAACAAGGUCAGCUCGAAGUGCUGGGAGAUCCGCGGCAAGACGCUGGGCAUCGUCGGCUACGGCCACAUCGGCUCGCAGCUGUCCGUCCUGGCCGAGGCCAUGGGCAUGUCGGUCAUCUACUACGACAUCCUCACCCUGAUGGCCAUUGGCACCGCGCGGCAGGUGCCGACCCUUGAGGCGCUGCUGGAGGAGGCCGACUUUGUCACGCUGCACGUUCCCGAGACGCCCGAGACUAAGAACCUCAUCUCGACGGCGCAGCUAGAGCGCAUGAAGACGGGCUCAUACCUCAUCAACGCCAGUCGCGGCACCGUGGUCGACAUCCCCGCUCUUAUCAAGGCCAUGCGUGCGGGCAAGGUAGCCGGCGCGGCGCUGGACGUGUACCCCAACGAGCCGGCCGCCAAUGGCGACUACUUUGUCAACGGUCUCAACAGCUGGGCCGAAGACCUGCGCGGGCUGAACAACAUCAUCCUGACGCCGCAUAUUGGCGGUAGCACCGAGGAAGCGCAGCGAGCGAUCGGUGUGGAAGUUGCUGAGGCGCUGGUGCGCUACAUCAACCAGGGCAUCACCUUGGGCAGCGUCAACCUGCCGGAGGUGACAAUGCGCUCGCUGACGCUCGACGAGCCCAACCACGCGCGUGUCAUCUAUAUCCAUCGCAACGUCCCCGGCGUGUUGCGCAAGGUCAACGAGAUCCUGGCGGAACACAACGUCGACAAGCAGAUCUCGGACAGCAAGGGCGAUGUGGCGUAUCUGAUGGCUGAUGUUAGCGAUGUCAAGACCGAGGACAUCAAGGAAAUUCGUGAUAGCUUGGAUGCGCUCACCUCGCGGAUUAUGACGCGGGUUCUGUACUAGAUUAGAUGGUCAGCGAAGAAGCGGUUGCGGUACUAUACCGAGUCCAUUUUCAACAUUCGACCUACGGCAUGAUGUCUGCUAGAGGGUAAACCUAGGGUAGAGAGGGCAAAACCAGGUUCAACAAAAUCACAUGGAUAGGCUAGGUACACUU